UCUUUUGUGGCUUCACUGUGAGGAUUGAGGAAGGUAAGCUCAAGAAUGGCAAUUUCCACAUCAAAUGAAGACAUUCUGAUGUAUAAGAAUCGAUUACAAGAGUAUACUCAAAAGCUGGGCCUUCCACUGCCAAGCUAUAAAAAUGUUAAUGAAGGCUUGCCACAUUCCCCGAGUUUUCGAUCAACAGUUUUGGUUGAUGGAAGAACAUAUGAAGCCAAGUGUACCUUCCCCACCAGAAAACAAGCUGAACAAGAAGCUGCAAGACUUGCACUAGAAAGCUUAAGCAAACAGAUCAAUGAUACAGGCUCUCCAACCAUUUACACGGAGCCUAGGUUUUGCAAGUCUUUGUUGUAUCAGUAUGCUCUCAAGAACAACCUAGGGAUGCCAUCAUUUAAGACCAUCAAUCCAGCAGGGCCAUGCCUGGUGUACCUCUCUUACAUGGUAUUUGGGGGCAAAACUUACACUGGCGAGGUCGCAGGAAGCAAGAAAAUGGCAGAACAACUAGCGGCCCGUGUUGCUAUUAGAUCACUUCUUGAGACGGAUGCAGAACGUAUGUCAAACAUUAUCAAGUCCAAUAAUAAGCAUGAUCUUUAUUCACUAACCAGAAAGGAAAAAGAUCAUGCUUUUUCAGAUAAGUCUAAGGGAGCAGACAGUUUAUCAAAACAACUAGAGAAGGCACCAGAAAACUCACCUCUAUAUCAAGCUAGCAUUCAGGUCUCCAAGAAUCUGCUUCAAGGCCAAACAAGCAGUCAGACUGCAACAGUUAGCUUCAAUUCUUAUGGGACAGUUGGUGGACCUAGAAAGGAACUAACUUGCAAACCUGAAAUCAGCACCUGGGAGCAAAACAAGAUGGGUGAAACUGAUUAUAGAAACGUUCCAGACCACAAACCUCAAAUAAACAAUUGGGUGCAGAAUGCAAUGAAAACUGCUGAUCGCAGGAAUGGUCAGGUGCACAAACCUGGACCAGGAACCACUCGACCCAGUAAUUGGGAGCAAAACAAGACAGUUGUUGAUAUGAGGAAUGGCCCAAAGCGCAAACUAGAAAGCAACAAUUGGAAUCUGAUAAAAAAGAAAAAUCUAGGAUCCUAAACUUUUAAACAGUGGUUAAUUUAACAUUUUAGAAGUUAAUGUUUGCUGCACUAUAAAACUUGGUUAAGAUUGUAGUACACUGUUGCUAACUGUAUUAACUGGCUUUAAAUUGCGCUGUCUGUAAUGACUCUCUCAUUUCCUGCACAUGAUUUCCUAUA